CUCUUCUUCCCCCAGAUCUCGGCUUCAAAGCAAAUGGUUUUUGCUGACGUCAUUUGUAGCGCGCCUCAACUCACAGGCGUCGCAUUCCAAUGACAGAGAGGAGGCAGACAAACAAGCGAAAGACAAAGACAUGGCUUUAAGGUGCUUGUGUAGGCUGAAGCCUUUGGUGCUGCAUUUAAGAUCAACAACAUCUUUGGGACCCCAGAGAAGUGUUUUAGCAGUGCAAUCGCAAGAACAUUCUAUAGCCUUUAUAAGUAGACACCUUGCCACAAAGAAAAGUAAAGCCAAAACUAAAGGGCAAGUUCAAGCAAGAGUAAAUAUAAAUGCUGCCCUGGUUGAAGACAUAAUUAACCUGGAAGAAGUGAAACAAGAAAUGAAAAGCAUACUGGAGAAUCUUAAAGAAGAUUUUACUAAAAACUUAAGUAUCCGAACUACCCCAGGAGCAUUUGAUCACAUUACAGUAACCACAGAAGAUGGCAAAUUCCCAUUAAACCAGCUUGGGCAAAUCUCCUUGAAGUCCCCUCAACUUUUUAUAAUUAACAUGGCUAGUUUCCCAGAGAGUGCAGUAGCAGCUGUGAAUGCAUUAAGAGAGAGCCACAUGAACUUAAACCCCGAACUUGAUGGAACAAUUAUCAGGGUUCCAGUUCCUCAGGUAACGAGGGAACACAGAGAAAAUUUAACAAAACUUGCAAAACAAUUCACCAACAAGGCUAAGGACUCCCUGCGCAAGGUCCGCACAGGGGCAGUACACGAAGUUAAAAAAUGCAAGGAGGGAGUGUCGUUAGACACAGUAAAACUGCUGGAAAAGCAGAUACAACAAAUGGCAGAUGACGUAGCAACUGAACUAGACAAACAACUGACCGCCAAGACAAAAGAACUUUUGGCUUAAGAUAUUAACACUCAGAAUCAAGUUAUUUCACAUUUGCUUGACUUUUACAUCUAAGCACAUGUAAGCUAUGCUAUUUUGCAAUAAAAAUAUGUUUCACAGUGAAA